CAGGUCUCAGCGUCACAGACGAGAUUCUGCAAGGCAAAGCAGAAUGGCCGAAGCUCUUUGAACCACCCAACUUUUUCCAAAAGUACAAGCAUUACAUUGUUCUUACUGCCAGCGCAUCCACAGAAGAAAACCACUUAGAAUGGAUCGGCCUCGUAGAGUCAAAGAUCCGCGUUCUGGUGGGGAACCUGGAGAGGAACGAGUACAUCACGCUGGCUCACGUCAACCCGCAGUCUUUCCCCGGCUCCAAAGAGAACCUCAACGAAAACGAAUUUGUCUCCAUGUGGUUUAUUGGAAUCAUCUUCAAGAAGGUGGAGAACGCAGAGAGCGUGAACAUCGACCUUACGUUUGACAUCCAGUCCUUCACAGACACGGUGUACAGACAAGCCAAUAACAUCAACAUGCUGAAAGAUGGGAUGAAAAUCGAGGCGACGCACGUGAAGAAGAAACAACUCCAUCAGUAUCUCCCCCCCGAACUGGUGCAGAAGAAGAAAAGGAGCAUAGCGGAGCUGAACCGAAACUCGAACGGUGGGAGUUCGAAGCGGAUCUCGCUGGACAGCAGCCACCUGGACAGCUCCAGAGACACCGACUCAGGGACGCCCUUCAGCUCCCCGAGCAGCAAACCCCUCAAACCAGCGUCAGACACAGACGAAGGAGCAAGUCCGCCAAAGCAGCUUUUCCUGGAGACGUCUCCAGCACCGAGCGCAGCCGCCGCCACGCCUCAAACCGGCGCCACCGCCGUGGUGGCAGCCGUGUCAUCGAGCGCAGCGGCGGCGGAGCCGGCUGCAUCAGCUGCAGCUACAGAACAAGAUGCCGGUCGCUGCUCGCCGCCCGCCGGAUCGUCCAUCAGCGGCGUCCUGAGUGACGCGGUGAAGCCCAGCGCCGCCAGCAGCCCCAAGGAGGAGCCCAACGGCCUGGAGGAGCCCCCCGCCACCGCCGCCGCCAAGAGGCCACACUCGCCCACGCAGGACGACCCCGCCAAGAGGCACAAGGACACGGAUGCGGCGCCCAGCGACGACUCGGCGUUCAAGGAACCGUACCCGCCGUCGUCGGACUGCAGCCCUCACGGCGAGGCGCCCAGCACCCCGCCUCACUGUGGAUCAAAGGCCAAAACCAUUCCAACCAUCGAUACCUCGAGAACGCAGAGACUUCCCAGCAUGGAGCUGCCUGACGCCUCGUCGCCGCUGCCGGCCAGCAACAGCUGCCGCAUCGUGAAAAACUCCAUCAAGCUUGCGCUCAACCGUCACAACAUCACGCCGCCAAAGCCGCCGCUGUUCGAGGAAACGCUCAGCCCAGAUACUCCGGCCGCCGAUGAAGAGAAGGGCAUGUCCAUUCCCGUCAUCGGAUCAAAACAUGCAGCCCCUAAGCACACAGCGCCCCCUGUGGGCAGCUCCAUCCCCACCCUGGUCAGCCGAGUCGCCGACCCCCUGAACGGCGCGACCUCUAAACGACCCCACUCUCCUUCGGUGGAGGAGCAGGCGAAGCGGCUGAAGGAAACAGAGAAGGCCCGGAUUCACAUAGCCUGAAUGGACCGCAUGUGAACCGCGCCGCCGCAGUGGGCGGAGCCUCCACGGUCGAGCCAAACGGCGACAUUUUGGCUCAUCUUCAGGUCAGUCUGUGUGAACCGUGACGCAGCAGGACGGAAACGUCGGUGCAGACGUUUUGGGUUUUCUUCCGGCGGUCGGCGCUAACCCGCUCAGAGACAAGAGAACUACAGCAGCAGUUUUUUACUCCGUCUCCUCUUCCUUUUCCAUCUGUGUUUCACAAACAUAGUCAUGGGAGAGGAGCUGUUCUUUAUGUCAGAUUCCUUUUUUUUCUUCUUUCUUUCUUUUUCAGAUGAUGUUUUAAUAAUAAUAAUUAUAAUAAUAAUAAAAAAAAUAGGCGCUUCUUAUUCACUCUGCUGGAGAGAGAGAGAGCUCAUGUUUGGUCAUUCUCCCACAUUUCCUUCACACCUGUACUGUAAAUGUUGAUGUACAUAACUUUUUGUCUUUAAAAAAAAAAAACACAAAAACAAAAGAUCAUCAAGUCUUUUGAUUAUUCUAUUGUAGUUUUAUCUAAAAAGAAAAAGUUUAAAAAAUUUAUUUUUGUUUUUGUUUUUUCUUUAUCGCUUGUACCAACAAAUUGUCUCCAUCCCUGGAAUGUUUCCUUUUUCUUUUCUUUUUUUUUAGCGGCUGUAUGAGUUCGGUAAGAACAAACAGAAGCAGCCUUUACGACAGAAAUGGAGAAAUGUUUUGUUGGUGGGUUUUUUUUGUUUUGUUGUUUUUAUCCUUGUCACAUCACAGAACGAUCAGCCACAACGCUGCGUACCGUGUCUCUGUCCCGUGUUUCGGUGAGUCCUCCGCAUAAAGAUCAGCAGGUAAGCGCUACCAGAAUGUGUUUAGUGCCAAUUUGGCAUUUUUCUACCUGAUUGGCAGAAUAUCAGGAGAACUGGAUCCACCACAUCUGUACUGUUACGACGGAGUGUUAGGGCCACGCUAAGAAAACAUAAGUAAUAAAAUUACAAGAAUAAAGUCGCAAAAUUGGGAGAGUGAAGUCG